AUGAGUAAAAAAGGUUCCUUGAGUAUUGUUUCAUACCUAGGUGAUUCAGGGAAGGCAGCAUUAGACCUCAUUCUCACUAUCAUCGAAAACAACAUUGGAAAAAUUGCUGUCAUCUUCGUCGGCUAUGAAGAUGAGAUGAGAUCCUUCUUGGAGCACAAUCCUGGCUUGAGCAGUCGAAUCCCCUACACUAUACAUUUCGACAACUUAACGGACGGUGAACUAUGGAACUUACUCCGCAACCGUAUCUCUGAGAAAUACCACGGUAAAAUGCAGCUCAGAGACGCGGGAGUAGAGCAUUUGGCAACGCACGUGCAGUCCUCAAUCUGCUUAAUAAGAUCUCACAGCAUGCAGGCAAGACGCCUAGUGAAGGAGAAACGAAAAGGCGCCACACCUGAUCUAUACUUUUUCACGAAAGAAGACCUAAAUGGGCCUGACCCCUCCAUGGCUGUUAAAGAGAGCCAGGCUUGGAACCCAGCAGAUUUCAUUGGUGACUAUCUUGGGAAAUCCGAGGUAAAAACGAAGGCGAUCUUGGAGGCUUCGGUCGUGAAUGUUUUAGUAAUCGACGAAGCGUAUAUGCUCGAUCCGGGGGAUACUAAUAAAGGAGACAUGUUUCGUAACGCUAACCAAGGCCUUUCGCGCUGGUUCCCUAUUGACCAGCCCUUCCGGUUUGAAAACUUCAACAUUGACCAGUUGGAGCAGAUUCUGCAAUUGAAGAUGCAAGACCAGGACUUCACGUGUACGGAGCAAGCCAUCGAAGUUGCUAGUAAUGUUCUUCGGGGGGCACUAGAGCGACCAAACCAUACCAACGCAGGUGAGACUCCGAGGGAUAAGCGCGACUACGAAAUGACCUUUGAAGCAAUCGACUUGAACCUAGAUUUGGGCCGAUGUUUGCGGCUUGACUGUUGGAAGCUAUUGGAAGGCACCGGGAAAACCACAACAGCGCAAAAGAUGGGUGAAUUCUUUUACGGCAUAGAAUUUCUCUCCACAUCGGAGGUUGUCGAAUGCUCGGUAACUGGUCCCUUGGGCGAAUAUGUCGGCGGGACAUCUCCCAAGACACGGAACAAGCUCCUGGAAGUCGUUAAUAUCCUCGCAGGACAUAUGGCAGGUAUACGGGAGUUAAUGAGCCAUCCAGGAUUAUCAAAGAUCUUCCAAGAAGAGAUUAUUUUUGAAAAUAUCUCGGCUAGAGAUUGCGUUGCGCUGCUGGCCGAAGAGUUAAAGCGGUUCGGAUUUUCUAGCAAGGACUAUGCGGAAGCCGAGAAACUAUUCAGCGAUAUGCAGUUGGCCCCGAGUUGGAGUAACGCUCGAGAUAUCAAGCAUUUAACAAGACAGAUGAUAGGAACGCUCCUCGAAGAAGAAAGCAACAUCGAUAGACAGACGCGAGCCCUGUUCACAGCGCAUAUCAAGACUUACAUAAGACAAAUGGUCACAUUGCAGAAGAACCGAUGCUCCAGUAAGAAAGGACCAAGCACGGAUUCGCUAGAUAACUUGGCAUUGUCAUCAGCAUCACACACAGCGCCUUCUUGGCGCAAGCUCUGGAGAAAUUCUGCAAGCAAGCGCAUAAAACUCAACAGUAAUGAUAGGGGUGUUACGACUCAGAAGGUCUCCUGGAAGCCUGAAGAUUACAGAGUCCAUAUGGAGACAGCGAGCCCGGGAAGGAAGAUUGACGAACAUAACCAGAACGCUAAACAUCCCGCUAUAUACGAAGUGGAAGAGGUCGUAUCCGAUGCCAUUAAAGAGGAACUGCGUGAGGCGAAGAAGAAAGAAAGAGAGGAAAGUGAAAAGCUCGAGGCAGACAUCAUGAGCUUCAAGCGAGACUUUGAUCCUGCGGAGAUAAAUCUGAGGGAAAAUUCAAAUUUCUUCAGUCCCACGUCAAGAGAAAACUAUGAUACCAUUCGCGACCAACUGUAUAAUCUCAAGCAGUCCAUCCAAGAGAAAAAAAGAAUCAAGCGAGAGCUGAGAGAGAUGGGUCGAUGUGAAUACGGUUACGAGUGGACUCGAGUGUUAGGCGGGUAUCGGUGCCAGGGCGGGUUGCACUUUGUGAGCGACGGUGAGCUACAGUCAAGACUACUCUAA